AUUUAGUAGACCGACAUAUCCCGGGAGUGGGUACAUUGAUUCACUCACUCAACGUAACAGAUGGAAGUAGAUGAGAAGGAACAGGAGUUGUACAUGAGAAGAUGAAACAGAUGAAGUAGAUGGGCACAUUAUAUGUAGUAGAUUGCGAUUUGCGCCUCAUCCCUGAACUCUCUACUGAUGCGUAAGCUAACCUUAAUGUCGUCUGCUGUCUUCCGCUAUCUCCUGCGAGUAAUAUGCGAGAAGUGAACAUCAAGCACAACGCGCCUGCUGGUGGUGUCCCGACUGACCACCAGCAAUAACGAUUAGAAGAGAUGACAGUGUAGACAGGAACAUCUUCAGGAGAUCCUAAAGGGGCCAAGCGCGUGCGCGUGGAGGUCUUAUCAAUCAUUAUUGUCACUGCCACACCCGAGGAGCGGCGCCCCGAACUCUCACUGCCACACCGGAGGAGCGGCGCCCGGAUCUGAGGGAUCGCGCAACUGCCGCUACAAACAUCCACCUUGUUUCCGUGUUGUGAUCUGUUUCCUACUUUCCUUAUUAACAACGAAGAUCAAGUAGACGAACUAGUGCUACUACCUCCGUGCACUACUUCCAAGACGAACUAGUACUACUACCUCCGUGCACUACUUCCAAGCCGAACUAGUAUUAUUAUUUCCUUGCACGGCUACUUCGAAGACGAACUAGUAUUAUCAUUUCCUCGAAGGAAGAAGAUCCACCUCUUCUUGUGUUUCCUCCAUAGUACUUCCACAGAAAAAGAUGUCGAGUUUGAAGGAUUUUCCCUCUCUAGCUCCGAGGCGUACUUCAGGGUUUGACCUCGAUCCCUCCAUUUUUCUGGAUACGCCAGUGGAUGACAAGCCGCCGCUUCAGAAGAAUAAUAUUAAAGGAAUUGGUGCGCCGGACAAGGGAGGGAGUAUGCGUACUACUUGAACAAGAAUUUUAAUUCCCUGUGCUUCACAACAUAAUUGUGCUUACUUAUUGUGACAAUUAUUCGCUAAACGCAAAUGAAAAUAACCGAGUAGCCAGCGUAGAGAAUAAUCUGAGACGCAACUCUAGGGAAAAUUUUCCAUGUGAAUUCCUCUUUCUACAAGAAUUGGAAGUAACACAACAUACAACGCACAGCUCUCUCGACAAGGGAGGGAACGUCCCUAUUUUCAAUGGUUGCCUAGUUAGUUCUUCCACCAGGUUUCUGCUUACUUGCAUAAUUGAUGGUAAAAUGUUAAAUGGUAAAAAUGUUAAAAGUAAUUACAUAGGAGCAACAACAAAGUAGAACUUUUUAGCAGUAAUUCCUGAAACUGAAGCUCUUCAUGACCAUAUGACCAUCUUCUACUUCAAGAAUCAUAGAGUCAGUAGUCUUCCCUCAUUGUACUGAAGACUUUCUUCUCCAUGUCCAACAUUUCCCAGCAUUUCUUUCACCAGGUACUGCUGGGGGAGAUGCGUUGGAUGCGUUAGACAGCUUCUUACCCUUCGGAGAACGGCCUCCAACGGCGGAUUAUGGAUAGUUUUUCAUGGUAUGUUUUAGAGCUGCAGAUGGAUUCAUUUUUUUAGAGUAGUAAGACAAUCCACACUGCCAUCUUCUUAGAGCAGUAAGCAACCGGAUCAAGGCCUCCACUUUCUCAAAGGUCUACUUCACGAAUGGGACAAUGAUGUGACGUCUUCUCAAGGGUCUUAUUUCAUCGGAAGGUCUUCCCCUUCACGGUUUGUACAACGACGAAAAACUAAAUGUACCACUGCCUCCUUACAACUCUAACUAGCAGAGCAAGAACUAGAGGAGCACCUGGCAAGACAAAAUGAGACGCUGAUGCUGGAGCUCAGUCGAAAAGAGGAAACAAUGCUCUUAAAUAUUAUGAAAUAUGAUAAAUUGGAGGAUCAUCAUGUAUUAACUAUGCUAGGUAAAUGAAUGAAUGAGUGAAUGAAUGAAUAUUAACUAACAAAUAGAUGGAAUGCCCAUAAAGAUUACGAGUUACAUUCAUAGAAGUUAGAGGAUGUAACUGGAUGGAAUGGUGUCAAAUAUUAUGAAAAAUUCGAUAGAGGCUGAGUCGCAUCUUUUUUCGGAGCAUGCUUCCUCGCUCCUCAAGUGCUGAAUGAUCGGGUAGACUUAAGCUUUGGGUUUUCUUUACGUAAAUCUAUACCACUAUAUUAUGCAUUAUGGUCGCGCACUCUAUAUGCAAUUAUCGACCAGGACUUUUUAUACUCGAGUCUUGUUCUAAUGACUAUGAGAAUAUAGGACUCAUUGUUCUAAUUCCAACACAAAAGCGAGUACGAUUUUCGAUGCGAUGUCGCCGGAUGUAGUUGGUUUGGGUGGGGAAAAAAAGGACGACAUUGACGAUCUCCUUGGAGACAUUCUAGAAGAUGAUGAUGAAAAGUCGAAGAAUUAUGAUUUGUGAUGUCCUUUUUGCGCCUAUAUCAUGCUUGCUUUAUUUUCCUAAUGAGAACAAUCCGCAGCCUCUGCAGCAACCUCCGACUUAGGCAUUUUUACAUCACUCACACUCGCGCUCUUAGUCUUAAUUCAAGACAUCAGCUCUUACGCUACAACUCAGUCUCAUACUUCAAAGAAAGCACACGAAGAGAAAAAAUUUCCGGACUUUUGCGCAUCUAAGAACAGCCCGACCGACCUCCUCUGCAGCGGUCGCAGACAGCAAUGGACACCAAGAGGAGGCUAAUGAGCCCACCACCUAAGCUAGAGAAGAGACUGUCGCUCGAUAAUAUCAAUGCGGAAAAGCGAAACCUGACAGUUAAGGUAGAAAAAACUCUCAAGAAGUACUGUCGUACGUUGUUGUAGCAAGAUGAAGAUCACACCUUGGUACAAUUAAGGAAAAGCAAACAACUUUGUGGUCGUAAGGAGGCUCGUAAGUACUGUAGUACGUAGUAAGAAGAUGAAGAUCACACCUUACUGUUACUACUGUUAAAAAGAAAAUGGCAACAACCUUAACCUUGUUGCGCUUUUGAAAUCCUGUAGUAGUAACAAGAUCACAUCUUAGUACUCAGUUAAAAAGAAAAAAGGGCAAGAACAACAUGUAAAAUAUUCCCAGGACCACGAGCCACUUGAUUAUCUUGAACAUGCCACAAACCCUCUAAUACACGGAUGGGGUUCGGAUUAAAAGUACUCACAAGUACUGGAUUCUGCUCCAUAGUAGAUUAUGCAAUCUGCUUCCAUACUUUAACUCUAAAUCUUCAUCCCUCUAUUUUUUGUGUUUCUUUUGAUCAAUCUAUGAUACAUGUUCGUGGCCAACAUUGGAUCGAUUUCAAAGAGUGUAUCGUCCUGUGCCGUGUGUUGUAUCAAUAUUCCAAACGAUGUUCCAAAAAUGGAAACAUUCUCUUCCAGGUUCCCCUAGCGACAGAUCAAAAAGAAGCAACGGCAACUCCACCAGCAAAGCGAAACCUUGCGGUGCCUGUGGAUGAAACUUAUGGCACAUAUAUAGCUUGUCUUGGACAAGGAAGUACUUAAGUAAAAGAACGGGUUGUGAUAGAGUAGUGGAUCAAAAAAUCGACUAUAAAUUUUUCUUUCUGCUGUAACGUGGUUGGUGCUUAACCUGAACUAGCAGUAAGAGAGUUCUUGUCGUACAGUGGGACGAACUAGUAGAAUCGCCUAAUCUUAUGACAGCGACGAUGAUUUAUUCUUGCCAAUGGGGAAAGACGACAUAUCGAAGAAAGCGCAAAAGAAGAAAGACUUGGCCGACCUGGGCUUUUCAGACUCCUCGGAUCCGGCGUUAGGGAGCGCGGUCAUACCAAAUUCCCGUUUAGUAGAUUCCUUUCCGCUUCUUAAACUUUACUCCCUUGUUCAGGAUGUGGUUCGAAUGAAUGACUAAAUAUUGCGUCUUUUCAUCAGAACUUCCGCGAGCGCUCUUCUAAGAAAGCUCCCAAGAAAGCUGCAUCAAGUUCGGAUGAUGUAACCAACCCUUUGCUGAAAUUCUAAUUAGAGUCGCUGCGUCGAACGCGCCAGCAGUAGGUGGGCAACAAGCUGGAGUGUCACUUGUUAUGAUGAUAUGAUCCCUCAUUAAGUGGUCGUAGGUGUAGUUGCUAGUAUCAAGCCCGCUAGUUCUUGACGGUGACGACAAUACUUUUCCUGAUCUCGUCUCUCUGUUAGUCCAGCGUGUGUCUCCAUGGAAGAUCCGAAUGAUGACAAAAUUUCGGGUGCCCCCACCUGAGUCCAACUUAUGAUGGCCGUGCGGCAAUCUAUUCCAUGCUAAUUCUGAAGGAUAUCCAUCUGGAGACACACUUGGACUGCAGAACCAUAAGACUAAGAGAUCAAUGUUCAUCAGAGAUGGAGAUCAACAACAUCGUUACUCAGAUCGAGUUUCUCUUCCGAAUCCUUCAGCUAGGGAGUAACCUUUGUAACUGUGGUUGUUCCCUCGUUUCAGAGAUUCUAUAACAGACUAGACUUCAUCUCCAGAUGGGCAAAGACUCUUUUUCAAGGUGAGUCGCGCACGUCUGGCCGUCGGGUACGGUGGGUCUGACAACCAUCACGAUAGUACUUCAUUCACUGUUUUUGACCUUAGGUUCUUCCUCUCGAGUUCAACAUCCUCUUCUUGCUCAAGAUGAUUAUACAGGUUGGCUAACUACAUCCUUUACAUACACCUUAGGUUUCACUUUUAAUCAGCAGAACUAGCACCGCGAAUCUAUUUCGAUCCCGCAUCAUAUGUCAAGCACCCAUUUCAAUAUCCCUUUUGAUGAUGACUUGGGUGCCGCUUGAUGCGCACAAAGGAAGGGUCUCUCCACGGUCGAUUGCCCUGUCACAUCUAGUCAGGAAUCGUAUCACUAUCAAGGCUCGACACUCGUAGCUCAGAUAUCGACUCGCUCAGCGAACCACUCCAGAGCACCAGGACCUCUAACGUAUGUGCUUCCUUUUAAGGCCCACGCACUAGGAGACUCUAUAAUACUUGUAUGCUGCAAACAGUACUUCUUGUCUAUACUUGGAAGUAUGCUGCAACCAGUAGUUGUAGUCUUUUGCGUAAUUGUCUUCCUCCUAGGUUUCAGACAUGACCCAAAGAGAAGUCUUCCUCUUGCGUAUUUCUCUAACUCCGAUCGACAACGCAGCCAGGUGUUUUGGAUGGCUCAACUACAACCGCUACGUCGCAACAUCCGAGCAAAGCGGGUCCAAGGGCUAGGAGAAAUCUCGGUCUUCGAAACCUGGAUCUGAAUAGUAAGGCUGCAGUUUAUCACUAUCCCAUGAGAACUAUCCUUGCUUGAUUUCAAGGGGAAUGAAGUUCAGGGCGGAAAAGGGGGACCCAUUCAGCCUGGGAUAGUGAAAAACUACCUUCAAAAAUGACAGCACUGGAGGAGGGUUGAACAACAGUACUUCUGGAGGUGUUAUGACCUGAGGAGGUUUUGGUAGGUGACGUUUUCAUUCUCAUCAUAGUUAAGCCUCUGAAGGUGAAGCCCUAGCUCUACUAAUCCCAGCGCGCCAUUGGGUCUACCUAUACCUAUACCUAUGCCCCUGAAUGCAUAGAAGUGUCUGGGAGAGUGUAAUGCUAUGUUGCGACCUUUGAUACUAUAAUUAGGUAUUCUCUUAAUCAAUUCUCUAGCUCUACUAACUCCAGCGCACCAUUAGGAGGCAGUGCGCUGAGUGCAUCUCUAGGAGCAUCCACGUCAUCGAUCGGUGGGACGCUGGAAAUGCCACAGGUAGCGGAUAGUUCGUAUGGCGUGAUGGUCACGAUGCAUUUUGCACGGUCCGCCACUUAACAUAUAGAUGCGGCGGUACAUUCCCCAUCGGAAUUUCCCUCAUCACCAAUUCUAUUUUUCACGUUUCCUACUUCAUAGAACUUCCGCAUCCUCUUCUACAUUCUACAUUCUACAUGUACCGGACAAAUAGGAGAUCUUUUGAGGAAUCUAGAUUAUCUGUCUAAGUAUCAGAGCAACCAGUGGCUCAUGACGUACCGAUGUUUGGCGCGAAAAAACGUGCUGGUAUGGCCCCUCUACUAGUUUCACAUCCUCAGAAGAUACAACAACAGCAACUCUCGUCCAAGUACGUUCUAAAAAGUAAAAUAGUAACUACUAGUCCACGGUCUAAAAUAAAGUCAACAGAUAUUAGCCUACUCGUUCUUAAAACCUACUGAUGUCGAGUAUCAGCGUCUAGGACCAAGGCGAAGACCCACCGUCUAGUGCCAGUCGUGCCAGACUUACCUUCCUUUCGUGACCAGACUAAUAUGGGCCUUCUGUCUGAAUUAGGCUUACUUUUCAAUAUUUUACGAGUACCUGUUCCACCACUUAGUAAAAAUUGCUGUGGUUUAAUAUGGGCCACAAUAUGAUGAAGACCUCGACCUGUGCUAUCCCAUCUAAGUCUCCCUAUGAUGACAUGGAAAUACCAUCGCCGAAGAUGAGCACAGGAGGUGGAGCCUUCAAUCGUCGUGGUAGUGAUACUUCUUUGGAAAGAAACAUCAAGAACGACACGAAUGAAAAGAAGGACCUAGAUGGCUUCUUGAAGAGUCUAGGGUUAGCCGAAGGUGAAAGCAAAGAAGCAGCGAAUUUGGAUUUAUGUGGGAGUCUCAUAAUUCGUAACGAUCCGCAGUUAGUACUAUGUGCAAGUUUUGAUUAGUACAUCGCUCAUGUUCUACUUGAUGAAGAUCUUUACAACGAAAACUACGCGGCCGCUUUCAUGUGUUGGUUGUGCUACAGUAAAAAGUGGCCCUCACAAAUCUAAUCAAAAGUGGAGAUAGCAAAAGUGGAGAUGAUCUACUAAAAGGGGACGACUUCCUGAGAAAGCCAGCACGAAGACUUAUGUAGUUGAGAGGUUCGUGGCCUCUGGUCGUCUCUUCUCUUCAAUCAAAACACCGGGAUAGGAAAGGGUUGAUGGGAUUGAGUUAGUAUUUUUGAAAGCUUCAUUGUAAGGGCCUACAGCCUUCCAGAUAUUACGCCCCUGGCAGGCUUGUCCCUGUUGUUGUGGUGGUGGUGUUACCGAGUAACAUCCACAACCUAAAUAGCAUGCAUUUUCUUGUUGUUCGUAUGCUGAUGGUGGUAUGUUAAUCAAAGGCCAUCCAUCAUCAUCAUCCUGAGGGGUUUCAGUGCAUAAGGAUCCCGGUCGCUAUGAUCUUCACGCGAUUAGAUUCAUAGCCUUGAGCCUGUUGCAAUCAUAUCCUUCAGCGAGAACAUUCAGAAGGAGAAAGACGAACGCAAGCGGAGAACCAACAGACCAAGAGAGAAGAGCCAAGCGAUUCAAUUCAGGGAAUGCGGAACACCGAGCGACUUGGUUGGACCUUGAUCUUCAUGCGUAACAUUCUCCCCCCGAAAUGUCUCCGUUGACGGACUUAUUUAUUUAGUUGCAAGAAAAAAAAUCUUAGUACCACUAGGGGGACUAAGCGACCGGAAUUCGUUAUUUUGGGGUUGGGAAGCGAAACUAUACCAACCUAAUGCAAGGCUUUAUAUAUAUGCAGGAUACGAAUGCAAAAAAAACUACGACUAGGCUAAGCUAGUUCUUCUUUUUCUUCUUCUAGUAGACUUCUCUACUAGUUUCCUCCUCUUUUCUUCUCGUUUCUCCUUUGUCCAGGUAAUCCAUGUCACCACGGGAUUGAACUGGACUCGUUUUGUUGUGCUGCUCCUCACCGGCGUCCCCGCUUGUCGCCACGAACCUGAAAAGUGUGAGUUUGGGAUUUGUAGAAUGGGCCUUAUACUAGUAGUUUUCUCUACACCAUAUAACAUUAGCCAUAGAGUUUCCGCAGAUACUGGCUUCGUGAGGCCAUCAGCCCUCAUCAACCCGGUGGGGCAGUGGCGACAUCGAUCAACUAGAUCGCGCACGAAGUGUAGUCUGCUUUGGUAGUGUUUACUUCCUGCACAUUUGAACUCUUGCGUCGCUUGGUCUAGUGCUGGUUUGUUGUCAACCCAUGUGGGCGGAGUAUUGGCAUAGCCCUGGUUCUUGCACUCUGUGCCGGGUACAAUAUCAACGAAAGCGAUGGAUUGCGCAUACUGAAUCGAUUCGCACUUAGCUACCGUCUCGUCAUGAGGCGUAGAGAGUGUUGCGAUCGUCUGCCGCUUGGACCUCCAAGCCACGCAAACUCCGUAGUGCGUCAUCAUCGUGCCUGUAGUUGACUUACUUGUAGACGGACAGCCUUGAGAGUCCGCGUCAGAAAAAGUUCCGAUAGGAGACAUUUCGCUUACUGGUUCUGGUUCACCGCUCACGGUAAGGGGGGCGCCCUGAAUCCACAACGGCUCGUAGUUCGUCUUGUAUGUUUUCCAGCUCGUCGGCGUCCACUCGACACCCACAGCCAACGUGCCCCGAAGGUACCUCAUUACCCUCUUCAGCAUUAGCUUCUGGUGGUCUUCGAAAGGACAUCCAGCCGCCGAAUUCACCGCCUCGGUGAUGUCCGGCCUAGACGACAAACUUAGAUACAUUAACUCGCCGACUACUGCCUUGUUGCUCCAUUCAGAGUCUACCCUUUUCUUCUUCACCCUUUUCCCCGUUUUCUGCGGUUUAGUCUUGUCAGACUCUGAACCUGCAGUAGCUUCGCUGUCACUCUUAUCUGUGUGAAUAUCCGACAAGCUCGAAAGGUCACUCUCAUCUUUGGACUCUGGCUUCUCCUUGGCUUCCUUAGCCAAUUGACGCCAUUGGUCCCUAUGCCUCGGGCGCGAUGGAGUGGACUUCUCAGCGCAGUCGAACAUAUUCCACUUUUUCAAAAUCUUUGUGGCUCUGCUCUCACCCUGAAAGAUUACCUUCUCAAAGCGUCUACCGCCGCUUUUGGUAAUUUCAUAGUGGAUGUCCACGUCGAUCCCUACAAAGUCAAACUUAUGCUUUUCGCGUGUCUCGCUGAGACGUUCGAUUGAUACCGCCAUAGGCGUCGAACCAAACUCCUUGUUAACCUGACUCACAUAGUCCUUGGCAGUUUUGUCGCCAGCCUUGCUCGGCUUCUUUGCCGUGACUAUGAUGUCAUCCACAUAGCACACCAGCACCGCGCUUAGCUUGCCUUCCGAGUCCGUGCGAUAGUAAGCGCCGCCUUCUCUAGGUAAUGGCGUCCACCCCCAUUCACGAAAUUUCUUAUCGGCUAGCUUGUUCCAAGCGCGCGGUGAUUGCUUAAAACCAUAAAGAGCUUUUGUAGCUACUUUCACAGGGUCUUCGUCACCUUCUAGGACUUCCUCUGGAAGUCUGAUCAGUUCCGGCUCAGGAAGGUCCGCCUUGAUGAGUGCCUGCGUCACGUCAGCACCAUCAAUUUCCCAAUCGUGCUGAGCCGCGUGAACAAUCUGACACCUCAUGCUCACCGUGCUCGGCGUUGGUGAAAAGAUUUCGCCUUUCGUGAGGUUUUGCGUUGAUCCAUCUGCCACCAGCCGCGACUUCCGGCGCCCACAGCGCUUCCGCACACGAACCAUGUGCGCACGCACCGGGCGCUUCCUCCGAAGAAGCGACUGAUCCUUCAGUGGAUCUUUCUCACGCCAACACUUAGCAUCUACAAGCCCCCCUAACCUCCUUUCGAUCAGCUUCCUUCCAAAGGUUUGCCUCAGGUCCCCUGGUGGCUUCCUUUCUCGAUAUGGGUCCAGAUCUUCUCUCUGAAGCUGGGACUGAAUCGCGUGCGUUUGCGUCAACGUAGUUGAGCUUCUUCUUAGGCUUCGACCUACCACGCGUCUGCUCACUACAGAGCCUAUACGCGAUCCUGCCGAUGAUCCUCGAAGCGUCCCUACUCCUGCGCGUCUUACGCUUCUUCGUGUCCUUCGACCCCUUAGGUCUACCCCGUCCGCGCUUCACUUGUGGUUGUUCUGGCGUGGUUUCCUUUACCCUUCUGUCCUUCACUGUCGGGGACCUACCCCGCAGCUGUUCUGCUUGUGGUUGUUCCACGCCACUGCUAGAGUGCUCUUUGACUUUGUCGUCAGUGCCAAGUCCACCGGAAGAAACUGCACCAGGCGCGUCUUCCCUGGCCAGGGGAUUUUGUUCCGACGGCCCUGGGCCCUGUUUUUGCUCUUGCAGCUUUUGCUCCCCCGGACUUAUAGCAACUGCCUCUACUCGUGCAGGCUGCGCUACAACUUGUUCUGGGUCCGCUGAGGAUACCCCCUCAGCUCCGUCUUUUGCUGUUGAUUCUUCACCAAGGCCCCCCGCCUUCGACUCUUGCGCCACAGCGACCCGCCCUCCCUCUUGCUUUCCAUCAGAUAACAUCUCGAGCGCCUGACUUGUUCCGAAAGUCGGCUCCAUGUAUGCUGACGCAAGGGCAUCGGGCUCCGCCGUGCUUAGCAAUUCGAAUAGAAGUGGGUCCUUUAGGUGUUCAACUUUGCUUACUUUAUAGGCUUCGCAGAAUUUGAGCUGGCCGGUCUCGGCCAGGACAAACUCCCCCGCCUUGUUGUAGCUACAGUAGAGAUACGCUGACCCCUUUGGACUGUAACCUACGAACACAGCCGGCAGCCACUUGGGUGCGCUCUUGCUGGCUGGGUGUUCGUCUAGAACGAAGCACAACGACCCAAAUCUUCUCAACUUUCCGAAGUUUGGCUUUCUCUUGUGACGUCGUUCGUACGGCGUGGCCUUUGUUCUUGUUCCAUCCUGCUCCCUGAACUCUCUCUCGCGAAUCGAAUAGAGAAAGGCUACCAGCAUCCAGCACAGGUCCGCCAACCUACCGUCGACUCCCCACAUUAGUGCCCUGACCUUGUUGCCGCCUGUUCUCCAGAAACGCUCGAUCCGAGAGCUCCUCGUGGGCGAGUAUGGUGGCGCGUACGAAUUUGCUAGGAUGUACAAGUCAGCGAGCAUCUUAGCCCACUUUUCUGUCUGAAAUUCCGGACCGUUGUCCGACCGAAUUUCCUCCGGCGGCCUUGUGUACCUCGUGAUCUUUCGCAUAGCUUCAUCGGCAUACUUGGAGGACUUUAUUGGCAACACCAUCGGGCACCGAUCAUGGUCAUCGAUGGCCCCAAAGAUGACCGUAUUGCCAAACAUGCUCUCCUGCCGGUCGCUUGCUAGAUCUUUGAAGUCAACCUGCCACCUCUGGUUUGAGCGUGUAGGUUCCCACAUAGAAGGCCUGACCUUCUUGGCCGCCCUUUUGCCGUAGUCUUGUGUCGCCAUACAGGCGGCACAAAGCAUGCCUUUUGGUAGGGGUAGGAAGUGCCCUGAUCUCUCGUGUUCCAAGACUUCGGGGCACAUGUCCUGCGUGGUUCUAAUCCCUGCUACGAUCCUUAACUCCGUGGGCAGGCCAGCUUCAAAGGAGAUGGCCACGCGUGGGAGGAGUCCCCCUCCCCCGGUCCCCACGUGUUCCCCCGUUGGUCCCUUCAGUAUCACCCCACCGCCCGGUGGGAAGGAUACCAUGACCCCUGCCUGCUGCAUCUGCGGCACGGAGAUAUAGAAAUCUGAUAGCCUUGGAUGGUAGACCCCGUGGCGAAGUUCUCUCAACGAGCUACUUCUGAAAAUUCCUUCCCGUGCAGUUCCAGGAAUUUUCUCCCCCGAUGCUGCUACUAGGACGCAUCUGGCCCCGAGUUUCUCAAAGUGGUUCAGAUAUGGUGAGCAACACGACUCAGCCCCACUAUCGACUAUCGCAUCGACACACAGAUCCUGGUCUGCCUGUGUCGGCGCGUUGCGACUCCGUCGCGCGAUCCCGCUGAUUGUCCUUAUGGCCCUCACCAUAUACUGACUAACUUUGGUCCUCUUUAGCCCUUUACCUGUCCCUACAUCCGACUCGGAUGCAGCAUCGCUACCACUACUAGCAUCUGACCAAACGCUUUUACUUGUGCGUUUGUUUCUCUUGUUGUUUUGUGUCUCUUCGUUUUUACUUAAACUACUACUGUUAACCAAACUUAGCGAAGACUUCUUGUCACUUAAUCUAGAGUGUACCUUUACCGACUUGCUCCUCUGGCUUUCUUCGCUGCUGCUUAGGGUGUCCUGGCUGGUUGCGCUUGCGCUUCUUUUGCUGCCGCUGGCACUCCGGGCUCUCACGCUUCUCACGCUACUCGACCUCCCUCGGGCCGGCGUGGCGCUUCUGUCCCUCGUGUGCCUGUUGUUGUUGCUUCCGGACCUGCUUCUGUGCCGGUCUUCUCGACCUCCAGAGGGGCGUCCUCGGCUGCGGCUUCUGUUGUCUAGGCGCUCACGACUCGGACUGCGUCCCCGCAGGUCCCUGUCGUUGUUCUUGCGCUUGUGUGCCUUUGCGUCGGGGUUGUGUGGGCACCUAAACCACCCGUGGUCGUUUGUCUGGCACUUUCUGCACUUCCAACUUCUCUUUCCCAGAUCCCCUGCGCGGGGUCCUUUCGAGAUAGAAAGAAUGCUGUGCGUCUUGUCGUUCCUUUUUCCUCCGUUUCCUGCUGCCGCAAGAAGACUCUGCUCGCGCUGCUUCAAGCAGGCUUCCACAGCAGCCAAAUCCACUUCAGCUUUGUCCAGGAGAAAAGGAGCAAGAUCUUUGUACGACUGACCUAGGUUGAUCAGGAUGCUGGCGAUCGCUAACGCCUCUGGCUUGACAUCUUUCAUAUCACGAAUUUCCUCGCGAACCGAAAUCAUCAAUUGAGAGACCGUCUUAGCCCCGCUGCUGUUGUUUGCCACGUUCGUGACCCUCUGAAUUCUCGUGAUCGUGCCUGCUAGACCUGGGCAGGCCUUUUCCAGCUCGAGUUUCGAGAAAAUCUUCCGGAUCGUUUCGUGGUCGUUGGUGUCACCCUGUCGGGCUAACCGGUGUGCCUCGCCUUCUAACGUGUUUAGAAGGACCCCCCCGAGGGUUCGCGCCUUGGUGCGAACUCUCUCGGCUUUUUCUGGUGCAAGUUCUGCCAGCCAUUCCGCGCCACCGCUGAGAAACUCCGAAAGCCUUGCCAAGUCUAACGCCUUCAGCGUACCGACCCGCCAUGUUUCGUAUUCUCUGUGGUAAGCCUCCUGGUCUCGGCCUUCGAACUUUCGGACAGCCCUGAGCGCGUCCGCCGCUCGCUUGGUGUCCUCUUCGUCUUUCCUCCGCGCACGCUCUGCGGCUCGCUCCGCCCUUUCCUCUUCCCGUUGGGUUGCUUUCGCGGUUGUUUCCUGAAUGCUUUCCCGUCUAAGUUCCUGAACCAUGGCCAUGGUGGCCGCCGUUGCCUGUCGUUGCUCUUGGCUUGCCGUUGCCAACGUGUUCACCGCUGCGACCAUGUUGUUCCAAAGCCAUGGGUUCCAAGUUCCUGAAUUUCCGGGGUCCAUUCCUGAAACGUCGGCCCCGACGCCGCCACCAAUGGCGCCGGGCUGGUCUUGUCCAAUUCCGUAAGCGUUGCCGGGUUGAGCUUGUUGGACAUGUUGGGCAGAGUUCUGGCCGGGUUGACCUUGUUGGACGUGUUCGGCAGAGUUCUGGCCGGGUUGACCUUGUUGGACGUGUUGGGCAGCGUUUUGGCCGGGGUAUUCCCCUGCGCCAUCGUGUUCGAGGUUGGCCAUUUUGGAAAGUUUUAAGGGUGUGGAUGAAUGUAAGGGCCUACAGCCUUCCAGAUAUUACGCCCCUGGCAGGCUUGCCCCUGUUGUUGUGGUGGUGGUGUUACCGAGUAACAUCCACAACCUAAAUAGCAUGCAUUUUCAUGUUGUUCGUAUGCUGAUGGUGGUAAGUUAAUCAAAGGCCAUCCAUCAUCAUCAUCCUGAGGGGUUUCAGUGCAUAAGGAUCCCGGUCGCUAUGAUCUUCACACGAUUAGACUCAUAGCCUUGAGCCUGUUGCAAUCAUAUCCUUCAACGAGAACAUUCAGAAGGAGAAAGACGAACGCAAGCGGAGAACCAACAGACCAAGAGAGAAGAGCCAAACGAUUCAAUUCAGGGAAUGCGGAACACCGAACGAUUUGGUUGGACCUUGAUCUUCAUGCGUAACAUUCAUCUGGAUAUAAUGGUAGUAGUAGCUGCGUCUGCGGCAUUUGUCUUUAUAUCUAAUAAGGUCACUAAUAGGACGAGCAUCGCCAGGAACUGUUUUGUCUUGCUGAAGGUAGAGGGUGACCUUUUGCGACAUAUUGAGGAUAAUUUAUCUACGAGAACGUGAGUGGCUGCUAGUGCUACCAAUACACUCGUUGUAUGAGAAAAGCUCUAAGAGACCGAGAGAAGCUGCUAUUUUGGGUGUUCAGCCAAGCGCAACUGCAGGAGAUGCGGGCACAACUAACUCGACGUCUGCAGCAGUUGCAAGCACAGCAACAAGCGUGAGACCUAGUCGGCGGCAGUCCGCGGCAAGCAACGCCUUAAUGGGAAGCACCGGUGUUGCAUUGGGAAAUGCAUUAUGUAAUUUGAGGGAUACUAGAUUCUUGAAGUAGGUACUAUUUGAACUCCGAAGCUGAUAUUACUUGUUACUUAGAGCAGAAAGAUUUUUAUGUGGGACAACGACGAAGCCAGGGGAAGUCCACAGGAUGUUCUUGAGUGGGCAGACAGAGCAGUCCUCUGAGUAACCGAACCGUUUUUCCUACCUUGUUCAUUGGCGACUACAGGAACUGCAGGAGAACAAGUCAGUCUUGGUGCUCCAGUGACAGCGACUCCGAGUUUCGCACCACAAGGAACGACAGCACUUCUUCCCUUAUGUGGGAUCUACUACCAAGCUCUUUUUUCCGCUUCUAUCUAGUGCUGUGGGAUCAUACGUAUUCGUAAAAGCAGUACUCGCAGCCACAUUGUCUUUAUGUCCUCCCUUUGCGGCGUCUCCGAUAUUCCUCUUCCUCCUCUACUCCCUUACCUGCUCCUUCUCCCCCUCUGUCUAAUCAUAGUAAACGAAGCCCUAGUAAAACAAGCGGAAGAACAUGCGCAAGCCAUGAACGCGCAGACUGAGAUGAUAUUAAGGGAAAUUUAUCACUAUCCCAUGUGGACUAUGCUGAGUGGCUCCUUUCUCCUGGUUUGAAGGGGAAGCUAAGGGGCAUAGAGGGCAUCCCACUCGACUCGGGUUAGUGAAAAACUGCCUCUAAUAAUAAAGAACUUGAAAAUUGAUCUCGCGUCUGUGCAAGCAGAACUAGCAGCUGCGGAUACUAAAGUGAAACGAGCUGAGAACGUAUUAACCUAACCUUUCGAUUGUGAUUAUUUCACGUGUAAACAUACAACUGGUUCAAAUUCUCAGUUCCCAUCAAGACUGAAAACUACUUGAUGUAAAGGCAAACCAUCGCGGCCGCAACGACCAUCUACAGGACCUCGAGGAGGCCGAAACACGGUGGAAACAGCGUUUGGAACGAGAAAAACUGGAAAACCAGAGCGAGCGAGAACGUGGGGAACUAGAAAAACGACGAUUGGAGAAUGAGAUGGAGAGGAUGAAGCAAGGCCACCUAGAAGAAGCCAGGCAUAUGCAAGAGGCAAAGAUUAAGACUGGUACUAGAUCACUAUUGAUAUCUGGCGUAAGGUAUGAUCACGAGUGGCGCUGGCGGGCUCCUUGCCAUAUAAUCAAGGGAAAGUCAAGGGGAAAAUACAGGCAAGGCGAAAGAAGGCCGCGCACUCAGCCAAGGAUAGUGAUCAUUGGCUAGCAUUAAAAAGCGAAUGCUUGGCGAGAGCGUCGAUUUGGAGAAGGAGCAGGUGCGCCGCGAUGAGCAAAGAAAAGGCAGAGAGGAAUUAGAAAGGGUGCGGAGACAAAUUAUGGUGCGUUGUCCGGUUCAUUUGUACUUUGUAAGUAGUCGAUUCUUGUUUUAGAUGUAGUUGUCAGUCUGUAGGACGAUUUUCAUUUGUAGCUUUGAUUUUCAUUCUACUUGUGGGUUUUUUCUGUUUCUGAUUUUUCGUACAAAUCCAAUUCUGAAGUACUUCAGGUGGCUCAUAUCUAUGUACACAUGCAAUGAUGCUCCAGUUCGUUGUACACUGGGUUCUUCUAAGUCCCUGACUGACGAACAGAGCGAGAUCGAGAAACGACAUGCGCGACAAGUACAGAUUAUUCGCGAGUCGACGGAGAAAGAACUCGAAAGUGUGCGACGCAGCGCAAGCAGCGGCGCUCAACUCAACUCACUACUGGAGUUAUGUGGAUUGAUUCACUCAAAGUAAUUCCACUAGUACCACACAGGACCUGCUUGACGGUCUGCCAGAAGAUAGCACAGCAGCAAUACGUUACUGAAACGAAUACCAAAUUUGAAAAAAAAGAUGCAACAAGGGAAGGAAGAAAUAGAUAAACAUGCACUCAUAAUUAAAAAGAAGCUGCACCCCGCGAAAGGGUAUUCGAAAACUCAAAAUAACCGAGUUACUGACUGAAAUAAGGGAGGUAGCUUAAAAUAAAGGCUACUCGUCCUUCUCGUCAGUAUCUCGGUUAUUUUCGUCUGUUACUCGCUUAUUUCCGUUUUUCGAGUACAUCAAUCAAUCAAUCAAUCAAGUACCUACAAAAAGACCAGGACUACAAGAAGACCAAGAAGAAGAUGGAGCAUCUAAUGUGAAAAGUCCACGACACGACGUUUCAGAUGGACCUGCUCCAGAAGAAGUUGGAGCAGCAGCGCUCCGUAGAGGAUCAAGUGAGAGAAGUUAUGGUGUAGACGAAUAGACGAACAAGGGGUCUGGGAACUAUCUAGCCUGUCCAUCACCCUUUUUUGGGUAGCAUUCUGCUUGAUCACCCUGCGAGCGCUCCUAAGGUAGGUCUGACAGGAACUAUGUUCAUCAAGAAGAUUUCAAAGGAGUCGAAUAUUUCAAAGGUGUGAACCGUAUACACCUUCUACGAGCCUCCGUUUAGACACAAUACCUUUUGAUGUACACGGACACAGCACCAUUUCGAUGUUUGGACCACACAGAUAUCAUCACUUCAUGUUCUAAUACCCAAGGUCUCGACAAGCGUGAAAAAAUGAUACGUGCCACAGAAAAGCAACUGCAAGAGCAGGGGAAAGAAGUAGAAGCCCAAAGACGGAAAAUGACAGACCUAAUCGCUAGAAUGGAGGCAGAGCUCGGGCAACAACAAGCGGAUCGUGCUGAGAGUGUUGCAGUGGCGAACGAACGGUGUGAUUUAUAUCUCUCUCAUCUUCCUACGUACUGCUCUCUCUCCUUAACCGUUCUGGCACUUAUCUCACGCUUAACCCGUUAUUUACUAGUGCAGAUAAUUUUUCGAUCUACCUCGGCUCUGUGUGGACGCUGCUAAAGAACUAUAAUAUGUCACUUGGCCACUAGCAUUAGGCGAGUAAAAGAACUAUAUGGGACACCAUGUUGAUGGUGAUCAUGAUGCCACAACGCAGUCCUCGCUGUCUAUGUUCUUGGAUAAGAACUCCCCUCUUUCUCUUUAUCAGAUUGGAGCGUGAGCACGAGCGCUUAGCGGAGUUGCAACGCAGCAUACGGGAAGAGAGAUUGCGAGGUGAAGCUACUGUGAAAUCCGAGCUCGCCAAGCUGGCUGACGAUAGACGUCGACAAGAGCAAGAACUAUACGAAAAAACGGAAGAGUUGAGUUUUAUGCCUAGGUCCCCUGUGGUGGAGUUUUUAAUUGUAUAUACAACAUAGAAUGGCUUUCUUGAACUUGAUGUUUUUGAAGGUUUUGAUUUCUUUGAUUGAUUGUGCAUUGCAGACCUGAAGCUGUUCGGAGAGAGAGAGCACAUCUGUCAUUUUUUAAGCCUGGAAGUAGUACUGGAGCUCCUGCAUACAAUCUCUAAGACCUCCCGCGAACGCAUUCUGAAAGAGCAGGAAACCAGAAUAAAGGAGACGGAGGCUCUUGUUGAGCAGAGUAGAGCCAACUGCGAAAGGAGGAUACGGGAAACGGAGAACUUGAUUAGUAAGGCUUGGGAGUUGACCUAUCAUCUAAGAGCGUCUUUAUGUCUUCUUCAAGUAGGAAAGCCACAGAUAUGCGAGCUAGAGAGGCCAACUUUCAACCCCUAAGAUUAGCAGCGAACGGAAAAAUCUGGUCCUCGAAAUCGAACGUUUUGAAGAACGAAAACGAGACUUCAGUGCCAAAUCUGAAAUUAAGGAUCUCGUCACCAAUUCAUCUUUGACUUUGACUGCAACCUCGCUUAAAAGUAUGAAGACGACUCAGUAACAGCAUCCAUCUAAGUACUCCCUUAAUCUGAGGUCUAUUUAUUCUUCAAGGAUUCAGAUGCAGGACGAUAGCGAUGAAUUUGGGAGACCACGUCUAAUGAAAAGCUCAGCGCAGACGAAAAGAAGCUGGAACAGGAAAGAACAACUCUGGAUUUAGAAGUUGUAAGUGUGAAGGAAAUGGCGGAGAAGGUAUUGAUACUUGUUUCACUCAUUGUAUUUCACUCCUUUGCCAUUUUCGGACAGUCACAGUUGUCAUCUAGUACUUCACCUCUGAUCAUCGACGACCUCAGAUGUCUUCAAAACACAUCCGUCAUCCCAACCACCAUCCCAACCACCACCACCUGAACCACCACCACCACCACGACCCUCACCCUAACCACUCCCUUAGAUCGAAGAGCGCAGACGGCAGGUGGAGGCAAUGUAUGUUCAGGGUUGCGAGAUGAAGGAGGAAGCAAAAUCCACGCACUCCAAGAUUUUGCAAGAAAGGGCUUCCCGUGAAAGCGAAGUAGGAAGACUAAAAGCCUUGCAGCAAAUGAUUGUUAUGAGGUAGUAGAGGUUUGACUGCAGUGCUCUUGUGUCCGUCGCCGUAGAUGUCCUUAGAGGUAGGAUCUCGCACGUUGCACUUCUUGCUUUUGCUGAUCGAAUCUAAUCAUUUCUAUGAAUGUACAUGUAGACGUGUACACAGUAAUUGACUAGUACAACGAUUUUUCUCUCUAACUCUUAAAGACAGCGUCUCGAACUGGUCCAGGAUGCUAGUCAUUCGGUUGCCGCAAAGAUUCACGUUCUCAAUCACAGUCAGCACGCAUUUCAUGGACAUGUUGGAGGAUCGAAGCCUAGUAUGAUAAACCUCACUGGCAGUCCUCACAUCGUGAUGCCUGUAUGGCGCCACCCAUUGAGAACAGGGAUAAGGGAAUGUCGUUCCUAAAUUAGUGAAAAUGGAGAAGGAGGAACGACAUUCACAUAUCGACACUCCCAAGAAGUGGCGCCAUUCAAUGCCAUCACCCUCUGCUUCAGGUUUAGGAGGAGGAGGACGUGGUGGACCGCUUAACAGUAGUCGUGGUAUGUUGCCACCUCGCAGUCCCCAUUUACCACCAGAGAAUAGUGUCUUUUCGCACCUUGACCAUGAAGGAGCUGAGCAUGCGGCAAUGUUAGGACUACAGGAGUGGACGUGCUGGUCUUUGAAACAGAAAACCUUUACCUUCACGUUAUAAUGACUUGGAUGAGCAGUCUCUCCUGUGUUUCUGUGAACUUUUCAUCUACAUUAUAGUCUCUAGAGAUUUAGCCCUUCCAGCGACAAAUUAUAUAGUCUACUGUGUUUUUGAGAAAUGCCGUUCCGCGUCGCGGCUCAUGAGCACCUUCUACCUGUCAGUCCCCUAAACCCUAAGCCCAGGAGUAUCAGUUUUCUUUUUCCCCUAACACUUCACGGCGCUGCAGUUAUCCCAGAUUCCUUGGCUGCCACAAGCGCGCGCGCAGAGCAAGCACGUGAAGAGAUCAUUGGGGGAGCGACCUCCUCGUCUUCAAGUGCCUGCUUCGCUUUUCAACCUAAUACCAGAGUAGCUGCUCAUGGUCAACCUGCUCUUUUACCUCAUCAACAAUCUUCUGUGGGACAAUUCACUGGAGCAGGACUGCCGAUUUCAGGAGGACUGCCGAUUUCAGGCAAUUCACCUGAAGACGUCGAAAUGCGACUGACGGAAACAGUGCUAGACAGAUCAGGGCUUCAUUAAGGGCUUCCAAUUAACAGGAUCCUCCAAUACCAUCCUUGACCUGCUAUCUUUUUUUGGUAGGAAAAUAGAAAGGCUAAGAACGUUCUGACUCUCUCUGAGGAAUGUACUAAUGAUUAGUAAUCUCUAACUUCAAGCUCAGUUACAAAGGUGGACAUCGAUGUCCGACGGGGCGCGAAAGCAGCUGGCACAGUCUGAGGCAGUAGUGACAUCCCGGAAAAUGAUUGGUGGGCCACCUCCUCCACCGCCGCCGCCGCGUCAAAUUAAUAGUGGCACGACUCCGAAAAUGCAUCUACUACAUUUACAUGGGACCAGCGGCCAUCUGUUGUUAUGAUAAUGUUGUUGGAUGCUAACCUGUUCGAUGAUUAUUCAUUGAUGAUAAAUUCGAUUUUUCCUAAAAAGGUCCUCUCUCUACGGUCCACGGUCAACCUGAGUGAAUGAAAUAGGGCAUGUCGUGGUCUAACUCUCUCAAUUAUACUAGAGUCUGUCUGCAAACAUCUUUCGUGUCUAAUACUCGAAGCAGCUGAAGGAGAACAAGCAAGUUUAGCCUCAUUACAAUCCUCAGUGCCAAUUGAACUCUGAUGAAGGCAGGGCUGCAACAGAUAUGAUCCUUCUACACACGCAGGUGCAGCACGAGAGGUGUUGCAAUCGCUAGUAGACCUAUUGAACUGUGAUGUUUCAGGUAGGAGGUAUGAGGAAUCUUCGUUCUUGUUAUGCUAGGAGGACGAGAAGGAGAGGGAUGUUGACACUCCUACCUUUACUAGUCUUUUUUUUCUAAAACCUGUCUAAUUCAUUAGACUGUAAUCAUCCAUGUAUUUGCAGCUGGUAAACGUCAAGCUGAAGAAACACCUACUGACUCGUGAUCGUAAAGAGCGAAACCCGAAAUUCAAGAUUUUUGUAUAGGUUGUAGCAGAACUUUUCAUCUUCCGCAGACAAGAAUGCUAAUUGGUGAUCGAACAAAGGUGGAAUCAAAUCGAUGUUGAAGCUUCAGAAAACUCCAGACGGAUGGUAGCGCUAUGUAUUAGGGAAUGUAAGAACUGCCAAUUUUGUGCCAAACAAGGAUGAAACGAUUGAUAGAUGACGUGUCGAUCCUCGAUGAAAAUAAAGGAUUCUGGGAAGGGUUCUCGAAGACAUCGAGAGGGAAAGGACAAAAAUUUGGAAUUUUGAUGUUCUGGAGGUACUUCCGAUUAGUACAACCGUUGCUACAUACCACGAGCAGCAAAGUGAAAGACAAUCACAAGAAGUCUGGUUCGAACACGACUUCCUGGUGGGUCACCGUCAACUUAUCAAGAGAAAACGAAUCUUUACUCCCAAUAUAACCG